AUGACAUUAUUAAUAUUCGUGUUACUGCUGAGUGUUCCCAGUAUUUCUUGCGGGAGUGGAUUGUUGUUUCUAUACCAACCAAAGGAUAUCACCAGUGAAUGCGCUUUUUCGAGGCACCUUCGCUUUGAUAUAUCCUUUGGCAUGGGCAUGUCAGAUACAAUUACAUUGAUAUUUCGUACCCUUAAAGAUAUAGAGUACGAGUGUCUAGUUGAAGUUGUAACAUCGGGUCAGCAGUUCAUGUUAGUUGUAGUUCGGUACCCUAAUGCACUCACCGCCAAUUGCGAAGUGAAUAGAGACGCAUUUACGGUCCUAAAACGUAGGCGAUGCAUAAGGCUUUGUGAUCUAUUAUACAGAGAUGUCUAUGCGAAUUACUUUAUAUUCUCAGUUAAAGACCGUAUCAGAUUCCUUUUCAAAAGCAACAGCAGUAUUAAUACAGAUAUAAAUGCAAACUUCUAUCAAGUAACCAUAACAUCGGCCCGAAAAUCACCGGCUGCUGGAUGCAAUAAAAGGAAUGAGACAAUUUGCACUGUAGAGGAUGAUAACUUUUGUUUUACCACCGGGGUUGUGUGCGAUGGCAUUAAAAAUUGCGGAGUGGAUGACUGGUUCGACGAGCGAAAGGCUCUUUGUUCCUUGCCAAUAGACAGGCUGGGGUAUGCACCGGUGAUAGCUGUAAUGGCAGCAAUGAUUUGUGGUAUAGUAGCCGGUGGACAUGUCCUCCUACGCUGUCUCCCAAGUUACGAAAAAUCUUACUUCAUAUUCAAUGAAAAUGAAGACAAUCGACUCUGUAUAGAUCCGCUUCUAAUACCUCAUGGAAUCGCGGUCGACAUUGAAUGUGUGAAACGAUCUUCGAUCAUACCGGUAUCAAGCUCAUCCACGCAGAAUGACAGUGCAACUAAUGACGUGAUAAUAAAGUCUAGUGAAGGUCCAGACAAGACUCAUGGAAAGGGAAUAAUUUUUGAGAAAGACACUUCAUCGCAAAGUCCUCCGGUAUAA